UACGACCGCUAACGGAAUUUGAUUCACAUCACCCAUUAUAGGCCACUUAACGUAUAUUCAUUACUAUAUGUGAUAUCCUUAUUGUAAAUUCUUCAUACAUAGAAAUGUUCUCUCCGUUCCUCUAAUCCGAGUGUAUGUAGCAUCGCUUUGAAAGAUCGCCGAUUCGAAAUCUGGCGCUUAGCGGGUCCUGGUCCUGAAACAACGUGUAUGUACAUAGAAAAGAAAGUUGCCGAGAUCGUCGUUUAAAACUCGAGUCUCGGGAUUGGUAUUGGAGUUCGAUGAAAGAUUAAACUAUUGCUUCCAUUUUGGAUUAACAUCCAAACUUACAUAGAUCAGCCACCGCGCCGCUCUUCUGGUACCUAUACAUGAUACAGGUCCUACGGCCAUGUUAGAAGGACUUCCCGCCAACUUGAGGGGCGUCGUGCUAGUGGCCCCCUGGGUCCUUUACCUUGCGGUGUGCGAUGUGGUGCUAUCUCUACUACUGGUAGUGAAGAUAUUCGCGCCGGACCUCGUUUAUAGCGCGUCGUGCCGCAUUGCAUACUCCGUGUGGAAGUGGAUCCAAUUUAUCUUUGAGAGUUGCAACGGUGCUCGGAUCACUAUCUCAGGAGACCGAUUGCCCACGAGGGAGUCGGCUGUUGUCGUCUCGAACCAUGUUACGUGGGCCGACUUUUACCUGAUCCAAAGCUUGGCCCUGCGAUCGAGAAUGUUGGGGCAAUGCCGAUGGUUUGCGAAGAUCCAGCUGCGAUGGGUCCCCUUUCUGGGCUGGGGCCUCUGGGCCAUGGGUAUGCCGAUGGUGACCCGGAAUUGGAUGCGAGACCAGCGCGAGCUACAGCGCGUCUUCGGUGGUAUCGUACGUAGGAGAUGGCCGAUGUGGCUGAUAAGUUUCAGCGAGGCAACACGAUUUACACCGAAGAAGUAUAAUGAAUCUAUUGUUUGGUGCAAACAGAAUGGUCGCCCGCAGCCCUUGCAUUUGCUAUAUCCCCGUACUAAGGGGUUUGUCACCACUGUGCAGCAGCUGAGAGCAGCACCACAUGUCAAGGCAGUGUAUGACUUUACUAUUGCGUAUCAGCACAAAGAUAAGUUUCACGUGGCCCCGAAUAUGUGGGAAACUCUUAAGCUCCCGGACCUUAGUGGUUCUCGAGGAUAUAAAUUCCAUAUUCAUAUACGGCGAUUCCCUCUUGAAGAUCUCCCCUAUACGGACGAAGAACUAGCAAAGUGGCUGGAGCAGAGAUGGGUUGAGAAAGGGGAAUGGCUAGAUGCCUUGAAGACUAAAUGGGCCUCUUAGUAGAGAGAAACAUGUGAAUUUGGUAGUUCUUAUCAAGUUCAAGUAGUAGUUCAAGGUCACGUUUAUAAU